AUCCUUUGAUAAGAAAUAUGCCACACCUUGAACUUUAGAAUAAAGAUAUUUGCGUACUUGUUUGUCUACCAUUAACGACUAAACUUUUGCGACAAUAUGAUGCUCUAUACUGUGUUAGCAUUAGCUGCAGUCUGUGGAAUUUCUGAGGCUGUAGUAUGUAAAACAGACGGCGAUUGUGGUACAGGAGAAUGCUGCUAUAUUCAGCCAGAGUUUAUGGUGGUCAGUAAGAGACAGGCCAUACUCCCCCAUCAGUUACACCAACAUCACGACACAGGCGUGUGCGAGAAGUACCGAGUUAUGGACGAGCGUUGUGGACCAAUGGAAACGCUUAAUGGGCAUUGUGGAUGUGGGUCGGGUAUGAGCUGCCAGUGGGUUCCAGAACCCACCACCUCAUCACCUGUUGUGAAAAGGAUGCUUCCGUAUCAUGAUGGACCAGGGGCGUACAAGUGUGCCACGCGUAAACAAGCUGCCGGAAUAUAACUUUUUUAUUAUUAUUGAAAUGAAAUUUGAAUAAGAACAGAAAAAUAGGAA